GUUAACUUGUUUUGUCUGCUAGGUUUAUAGGAUUAUAUUAAAUGUAGCUGCUAAUUAUUCUACUUUGGCUUUAGUGGUUUAUGGCAGGUAUUUUGACUUUGUUUUUUAGGUAGUCUAGAAUUGGUAGUAUUUCGCAAUGAAGCCUGCUUCCUAAAUGAAGAGACUAGGAGACUUUCUUUUUGCUAGCCUUUUUUUAAUUUUAGACACCUUUGUAUUUUUUUAAAUGCUGGGAAGAAGUGGGGAUGGCCCCGUGCAGAUGCCUGCAAUAACACUUACAGAUACUCUUCACUUCAGAUAUGGAAUUUGACUUUUCAGUUAAGCUCCUUGUGUCAUAAAAAGUAUAUUUAUUUCUUCUCGAACUGAUGCUCAUGAUAGUGAGAUGUACAUGGAAUAAGAAAGAGAAGAAACUUCAAAAGAAUAGACAAGCUAUUAAAUUCAGAUUUAUCUGACCUGGAUGUAACUUUGUGGAGUCCUUAAAUGUGAAGAAUGGGCAGCUGAUUUCCAAGAAUCAGCUAGAGCUACGGAUGUAGUAUUUUUAAGGAACUCGGGAUAUUAUUACAAGGGAGGCAAACUGGAAAACACAAAUCACGAAGAGUUAAUGCCAAUCUCUGCAGUUCUCUUGGAUUUUGUUUAUUUUCAACAGAAUCCAGUGCUGCUUGAAAUAUGUAAGAUGGACAAAACAACCUAGUGCAUAAAUGGCAGUGGCAUCAGCCAGGACAGUGUUGGAACUGGGGGCACUGUCUUUUUCCAGAGGACCGUGCAUUUUCCACAAAGAUAGUCAUCCUCCAUCUAGACGCUGCCUUUAUGCCAAAGGCAUUUGCAAUGAGGUGUUGAAGCCUUGUUUCACUGACUUGGUGAGACUGGACCUAAAUGGCGCAGCAUGACUUUGCUCCAGCCUGGCUUAAUUUUCCUACUCCACCAUCAUCAUCAUCAAAGUCAUCACUGAAUCUUGAGAAGCAUUCCGAAAGCUUUUCAUGGACUGAGAACCGUUAUGAAGUUAACCGUAGGCGGCACAACUCUUCUGAUGGAUUUGAUCCUAGUAGUGGCCGUUCAAAUGGAGGGCAUCUGGGAAGAAAAGAGAGGAAUGGCUGGCGCUCACAAGGUAGAAAUGGCACUGAAAACACAAAUCACAGAGGGGGAUACCAUGGCGGGAGUUCACGUGCUCGCACCGGCAGCUUCCAUUCUGGGAAAAGCCAAGGACAGCAUGAAAGCAAUGCACCUGACUGUGAGACUCUGAAAAAGGAAGACAAGGAAGAACACAAACAAUUUGAAGCUGAAGAUUUUCCAUCCCUGAAUCCUGAAUAUGAGAGAGAACCAAACCAGAAUAAAUCCUUAGCUGCAGGUGUUUGGGAAUAUCCUCUAAAUCCUAAAUCUAGAUCUCCACGAAUGCUGGUCAUUAAAAAAGGCAAUACAAAAGAUUUACAGAUAUCUGGAUUCCCUGUGGGAGGAAACGUUCAUUCACAGCCAGCUAAGAAUGGGACUGGUACAAGUGUUUAUAAAGGCUUAGUUCCCAAGCCUGUAAUUCCACCAGCAAAGUCUAUGCAGUGGAAAAGCCAAACAAAAGAGAACAAACUUGGGACUCCAUUUCCUCAUGAUUCUGCAUAUGGUAUUGGAAACUUCAGUGCUUUCAAAUCUACUGCCAAGACUGUUGGAUCACAGAAUUCAGUGAAAGAGUGCAAUCGGUCAAAUUCCUCAUCCCCAGUGGAUAAACUUGGCCAGCCUCGCUUAACCAAAUUAACGCGAAUGCGGACUGAUAAAAAGAGUGAAUUUUUGAAGACGUUGAAACGGGAUCGAGUUGAAGAAGAACAUGAUGAAAACUGUGUUGGGCAAGAGAAGGAGGACGACGAUGAAUUUAAUUUACAUAACAGCAACAGUGGCCACCAAGAGAGGGACAUAAACCGAAACUUUGAAAAUGAAAUUCCGCAAGAAAAUAGAAAUGCUGCAGUGAUUUCCGAGCAGAUCAUCCGCUCUUCAACAUUUCCUCAGACUGAUGUCCUUUCAAGCUCACUUGAAGCAGAGCAUCGAUUGUUAAAGGAGAUGGGCUGGCAGGAAGACAGCGAAAAUGAUGAGACCUGCGCUCCAUUAACAGAGGAUGAAAUGAGGGAAUUUCAGGUUAUCAGUGAACAGUUACAAAAAAAUGGCCUUAGAAAAAAUGGUAUUCUGAAAAACGGCCUCAUCUGUGACUUCAAAUUCAGUCCGUGGAAAAACAGCACUUUCAAACCAACGAUUGAGAACGAAGACACAGAAACAAGCAGCAGCGACACGUCGGAUGAUGAUGAUGUGUGAAGAUGGCUGGGAAGCAGGAGGCGCUUUUUCUUGCCUCUGGUGCAGUUUGCAAGGGAAUUGCUCGAGUGAGGGGAAGGAACUAUAAUUGAAGUAGUGCUUUGUGCCCCCCGUUAGACGAAGGAUCUUUGGGACUCCUCGUGAAGGAACCUAAGAAUGUUGUGUUGAUGAGCUGUGUUGAAAACAUGACUAUAAUUUCUUUGUAAAUGGAUGUUGUAGAAAUGAGGACUCUGCCCCAACAUUGACUUUUUCAUCACUGCAGCAUUUCUCUGACUAGCAAUGUGACAAUGUAUGAGAAUGAGAUUUUUCUCAUUUAAUAAUAAAAAAAAGAUUAUGUAUUGUUUGGCAAAGUUUUUGUCUUAAACAGCAGGUCUAAGGGGGAAAAGGGCAGCUUGACACAGUGUGUUGCUUGCUGAGAUGGAUUUCUGUAUGGUGGAAAUCCGUAGUAUUCACUUCGUGCACAGACAAUAGAAAGUGUAGCAUGUUGGCUAAAAAAAAUGACAAAAGUGCACUAAAACUUCCAUUUCCUGAACUGUUGUAAUUGUUCCACUUCUUGAUACAUACCAGUAAUUGCUCUCUAGCAGUUUGUACUACAGUAAUUAUGGAAAAGACUUGCUUCAAUUCCAAACUUCACAGAACUGGUGUAAAUCAAAAGCUUUAUUUGGAUGCUACGAGACCCAGGAAUCUGGAUCCUCACAAUGGGCGCUGAUUCUUGUGGGGGAGGGGAAAUAAACAUUAUUUUGAUAAAUUAUUCAGAUGCAGAAAGCUUAUUUCACUGACUGGUCCUGUCAAAC